AUGGCCACCUCCACACAACUAUUCUUCUUCCUUCCAGCAAUAUCUUUCCUACCACUUAUAGCUUCAAGCUCAUAUCCCUACAGUAUUCCCCAAACUACUAAGAACCUCGUCCUCAACACCAUAGACUCUUGCUGGAGAGCCAACUCAAACUGGGCAUCGUAUCGCCAAGCCCUAGCUGAUUGUGCUGUUGGGUUUGGCAAAGAUGCCAUUGGAGGUAAGUAUGGAGCUAUAUAUAAGGUCACUGAUGCCUCCGAUGACCCUGUGAACCCUAAACCAGGGACACUUCGUUAUGGUGUGGUCCAAACACGGCCUCUUUGGAUAAUAUUCGCCAAGGACAUGGUUAUUAGACUCAAGAAUGAGCUUAUAGUGAAUAGCUAUAAGACCAUUGAUGGUAGAGGAGCCAACGUGGAGAUUGCUUAUGGACCUUGCAUUACGAUUCAAGGUGUUAAUCACGUCAUUAUACAUGGGAUUAGCAUCCACGAUUGUAAACCAGGAAAAUCUGGUAUGGUAAGAAGCAGUAGUGAUCAUGUAGGACAUCGUCUAGGUUCAGAUGGAGACGCCAUUAGCAUAUUUGGUUCCUCAAAUGUUUGGGUUGACCAUUGCUUCCUUGCUCGUAGUGCCGACGGUCUCAUUGAUAUAAUUCACUCCUCAACUUCCAUCACCAUUUCUAACAAUUACUUCACCCAGCACGAUAAAGUGAUGCUGUUAGGACACAGCGACCAAUACAAAGAAGAUAAGAUAAUGAAAGUGACAAUAGCUUUCAACCAUUUUGCCAGCGGCCUAUAUGAAAGAAUGCCAAGGGUAAGAUUUGGGUACGCCCAUGUGGUCAACAACAGAUAUGAUGGCUGGAAGAUGUAUGCCAUCGGUGGCAGUGCUGAACCAACCAUUCUGAGUGAAGGGAACUACUAUAUAGCUCCAAGUAACCCCAGUGGGAAACAGGUUACCAAGAGAAUAGCGAAGAAAGACUGGAAGAAUUGGAAAUGGAGGACUUAUAAGGAUGCAUUUGUGAACGGAGCCUAUUUUGUUCCAUCUGGGUAUGGAACUUGUGCCCCUUACUAUUCAAGUGCUCAAGCUUUUGUUGCUGCUUCAGCGUCCUUGGUGCCUGCAUUAACCAUUCAUGCUGGUCCCCUGAGUUGUAUUGUUGGGAAAGUUUGUUGA